AUGGUGGAGGAAAACCUUUCGGUGAGCCAGAAGCAGUACGUCGGCGCGAUGGAGGCGUGCAUGCGACAGGGCUCUUGGACCUCCGGCCUCGAGGUGUUCCGGCUUCUCCUGGAGGACCUUCGGCCGAGGGGGCUCAGCCCCAAGCAGUCCACUUGGAGAUCGCUUGCAAGAGGCCUUCGCUCCGUCGGGCAGGCCGACCAGGCGUUGGUGGUCUUGCGUCAGGCGCUGAGGGCUGGCGUGGGGGGCAUCGACGAGCAGGUUUGCUCUAUUCUGCUUGACCUCUGCGCGGUGAAGGGACGGAUGGGGCUGGCCGAAGAGAUCGCCUCCCUGAUGGAAACCCAUCGCAUCCCCAAAGGCCCUGUGACGUACUGCGUGCUCCUCAAGGGGUACGGGCGGCAGCGGCGUCUUGGAGGGGUGGAGAGCACGAUGAGGGAGAUGAAGGAGAGGGGGAUAGUACCGGACGUGGUGGCCCUAAACGCUGCGGUCGAUGCCUUCGUCAGGUGUGCAGAGCUCUCCAAGGCCCGAACCGUCCUGCGGAGAAUGGAGGAGUCUCCAGGGGGCUCCAUUGCUCAGACCCUCUCCUACAACACCCUGAUCAAGGGGCUGGGGAGGGAGUUGCUCGUCGAUGAGGCGUUCGGGGUCGCCCGGGGAAUGCUGGACAAGGGGUGCUUGCCCGACGAGGUGACUACGAACUCCCUGGUGGACAUCUGCGUGAGGUCCGGAAACCUAGACCGCGCGUACAACCUCCUCAAGAACCCCACGCUGUUCCCGCUGCCGCCGCCGCCGCAACCCGGCUGCGACGCCGGCUCGGCGGCAACAGCAGCAACGGCAGAGGCAGGGGCGGACGCCGGCGGCGGCGUUGAGGGCACGAGUCCGGGAGGAGCGGGGAAGGAGACGGGUCUCGUUAGGCCGUCCGUGGAGGCGUUCACGUCGGUGCUUACCGGGUUCGCAGGAGUUGGAGACAAGGACCGCGCCCUCGCGGUCUUCCAGCAGAUGGUGACGGCGGGAGUGGAGCCUAACGUCGUGACCUACACGGGGCUGAUUUCGGCGUGCGUUAAUGCGGGGGAUAUGGAUGGUGCCAGAAGACUUUUCAGCGCUCUGGAGGCGCGGGGGGCGGAGACACCCGCGAUGCAGCCGUCCGCCUUCACGUACAACACGCUCAUCCGCGGCCUCUGCCGCAUGGGCAACGACGCCGCCGCCGUCCGGGACACGGGCGCUGUCGGGCUCGAGGAGGAGAUGGACAUGGACAUCGGGAUCUUCGCCGAUGAGGACCUGCUGCCCUCGCCGGAUGGUGGCAGUGGUGGUGGGGAGGGCCGCUCGGCAGGGAUGGCAACGAGACCCGGGGGUUACUUCUACGAGAGGGGUACUUCCUCCCCCUCCUCCCCCCCGUCCAAAGAUCCUAACUCCUCGAUGAAAGAUUCGACGGGUAAAAAGGCCGACGGUUCCUCGAAAGAUCCUGCUGCGGAAGAUCCGACGGGUGAAAAGAUCGGUGGUUCUUUCAAAGAUCCUAGCUCCUCCAAAGAUCCGGCGGGUAAAAAGACCGACGUUGCCCCGGGUCCGUCGGCCCGGAACGACGACGAGACUGUCGCCUCGUUUUCGUGCCGGGGAGGAGGAGGGGACGGCGACGAAGCGUCCCCUGGGGUCGAAUCGCCUCCGGAGAUAUUGCCGGCCUCCUACGCCGGCAGCGGCAGCAGCAGCAGCAGCAGCAGCAGCGAUAGCGUCAACGGAGGUGCAAUCCCCGAGGGCAUCCAAGAAGCUUUGCGGGUUCUUCUUUCGAUGCGUCGGAGAGGGGUACCGGCCGACGAAGUUACGAUGAACUCCAUCAUCGACGGGCUCGUGUCCUGCUCUCCCCCGAGGGUACGGGAGGCGGAGACGCUCCUGAAGCUCAUGACCGGCUGGGGUCUCAAGCCGAACCAGGUUUCCUUCACCGUGAUGCUCAAGGGCUACGGGAGGAUAGGAGACCUCGGGGCCGCGGAGCUGAUGUUCGAGGUCAUGGCUGCCGACCGCGACCAGCGGCCAGACGUCGUUGCCCUCAACUCCAUCCUUGACGCGUGCGUUCGGAACGGAGAUCUCCGGAGAGCGGUGGAGAUCCUCGAGCAGGCGAGCGCCUCAGCCCUGAGUAGGCGACCGAUCUUCGUCCGUCACCAGGACUGGUUGUCCUUGUCUUCGACCAGGAGGCCCUGGGGGGGCGGGGCGGGCGACGGGGCGGUUGCGAUCUGCGCCGCCGCCGCUCCGGGUAGUGGCAUCGGUGUGGACAUGACGGAAGAACGAGAGAGGGUGCAGCAGGGGGGUUCCGCGGGUGUGACGGGGCCAGGCCGAGGCCGAGGCAGGGAUGAGGGCGUGGUGGUGGACGUCUGGCCAAACCAGGUCUCCUUCGCCACGGUGGUCUUAGGCCUGUCGAGGAGGGGCGACGCGCCGGCUGGCCGCAAGGCCAUCAAGCUCUACGAGUCGAUGCGGCAAGACUUCAAGAUCGUCCCAGACGAGGGUAUGGUGGACAACCUCAUCAUGGCGUGCUGCAACGCUCAGGCUGGGGAGAUGGACGGCAGCGACCUGGCUCUUGCACAGGGCCAGGAGGCUCUGAAUGAUCUCAGGGACCUAGGCUGGAACGAAGAGCUCAUAGCGUUCAAGGAACAGAUGCUGAUGCGAGUCGUGCCCACCCUCAGCGAGGUGUGGAAGGGAGAGGACCCCAAGGAGCAAUCCGAGGAGGCGAGGCAGGCAGCCAGGCUGCAGCAGCAGCAGCAGCAACAGCAGAGGACGGGGGGCAAGGCUGGCGCAAGCCGGAAGCGGAAGGUCUCGGCGGAAAUCUUCGAGAAGUACGGCUGGAAUAAAAUGGAGUCCCAUUUUCCGAUCCUGUAACGGGGCGCGCAAGCCUUUGGCGGUUUGGGCCGAAGUUUGGGUCUACUUGUUUCUCUUUGCAUGCAGUUGGAGCAAGAGCGUCGUAGGGACCUGCUGUAGCGCUGAGUACACCAACCUUGUUUGUGUAUGGAUGUGCGUGGCUGUGUUCAUCAAGUCAUAGCGCCAAACCGCGCGAAAACCCGCUCACCAAUGAAAAUCGUAUGUGACGGGGGCGCGAGAUUAUGCGCUCGAAAGGAAUUGGCGCAAACGUUUAUUCCAAGUAUUGCUCGCCGCCGACGCGAGUUUGAUUUUUGACAUCGCGUCACGCGCGCGAUGCCAUUGAGUGCCAUACAUAUUUAAUCACACUGUUCUUGAGACAUGCCCGACGUUUCGCAGUCUACGAACCUACUCUACCAUCGGUGUUGAGGGCUGAACCGUUUGGUCGGAUGUUUGCGAGGGCGGGGGGGGGGGGGGAUUGGUUUCCAAUCGCGACGCACGAGCACUUCAUGUGAUGCACCCAUGUUGAGUAACAACCCUGCUAGGCUACUGCUGUAGGUGCACCCGCGUUACACGCAGCGCUUUCGAUGUACGCGCGUUUGUCGCGCAUUCACGAGCGAAGCGCGGAAGGCAUGUAGAGAGGAAGAACGUACGUAUUUUUUGGGUAGAGGGCAGCAGACCUCAAUGAGCAAGUUUUGAGGACUUUCAUGGCUAGAUAGACUUUUCAUAGCACCAAAGUACAGAUGGUCUCGUGCAGCAAUUUUCGUGUCUUGAUGAAUUUAUGUCGCGGUCAGCCGAUUUGGUUUUCUCCCCCAUCUUUUGCCCAGAUGGCACCUGUUCAGACUGCGCUUUCUCUGAUGUCUUUUUAUGGUUUAACGGCUGUUCUCUCCCCCUGAA